AUGUUCUGGUAUGCUAAUGCACUGCCAUUUAAUUCUGCAAGCUCAGACUUCUACCCACAAACGGUGGUUUCUAUAGCACAGGCAAGGCUAAGUGUUAGAGGUCCAACUACAAAGGAGCUUGCAGGGCCAUGUUUAGAAGUUGAUGUUCGUGAUGUUGAUAAGCAUAUUGUACAGUUCAAGGUCUGCUGGCCAGGUACAAGAGUGACCAUCAUGACUGACAGUUGGAAGGACAAGUCCCGUAGGUAUCAUGUCAAUUUUUUAAUAAGUUGCCCUACGGGCAUUGUUUACCACUCUAGCAUUGAUUUAUCAAAAAAGAGACAUACUGGAAGACUGAUAUGCGUACACCUAGACAAAAUUGUAGAUGAGGUUGGGCCUGAAAAUGUGGUCCAAGUAGUGACUGAUAAUGCUGCGAAUUACCGAAAAGCAUGCUUGUUGCUAAUGAAGAGAAGACCUAAUAUUUAUUGGACUCCUUAUGCUGCCCAUUGUAUUAAUUUGAUAUUCAAGGAUAUAAGGAAGCUGAAGAGGGUUAAAUAUUGUAUUUUGAAGAGUAAGUUGAUUACAAGGUUUAUAUACAAUCACACAUAUUUUCAUGUUUUGAUGAGGGAGCAUUGCAUGCGAGAGAUUGUCAGGGAGUCCACUACCAGAUUCACUACAGCGUUCCUUACAAUACAAUCGAUAUUGGUAAACAAGGCAGGAUUGAGGUCAAUGAUACGCUCUAAUGAAUGGUUGACUGAUAGGGCAGCAAUGAGUCAACUUGGAAGGCAGGUUGAAACCAUCCUUCUCGAUCGGAGGUUCUGGGCUCAAUGUAGCCAUGUUGUUUCUAUAACUGAACCAUUAGUACCGGUGUUGAGGUUAAGUAACUUUGAUGAUAAACCCGCAAUGGGGUUUCUGUUCGAUGCAAUGAAACGUUCAAGGGAAGCUAUAUUUGAUAAUAACAUAUGGAAUGAAGAGAUAUUGGAGAUCGUUGAUCGUAGGUGUAGAGACCAAUUGCACCAGGAUAUCCAUGCAGCAGGGUUCUUUCUUAAUCCACAAAAUUAUUACUCCAAUACCACUUUAGAUGAUGCAGAUAUCAUGGAGGGGGUAAGAAACUGCAUCUACAGGCUUAAACCUGAUCUUGAAACUCAUAUGGAGUGUAUGCAACAGCUUAUCAUGUACAUGGAAAAAAAUGGGGAAUUUGCAUACAACAAUGCUAAAAAAGCAGCUGCAAAAUUGCACCCAGGUUUUAAUUUGGCCGAGUUUUCGAUGAAUAAUUCAUUCCUCGUGUUGAUUGUGCUCACUGCUGAGAAUCCUUUAAAAAUGCUUAUUGAGUCCUACACUACUGGUGUAUGGUAUGUGAUGUACAAUGGGGAUAUCUGGCCUGUGUACCUGAUGAUGGACAGGGGAGAUGAACUGAAAAUCCCAUUGACAGAAAUGUGCUUGGGUAUGGCAUACGUCACUGGUGUUGGAUGA